AUGGUCAUAGAUAACCCCGACAUCCAUUCAUUCGUUAUCGCUAUUUAUGAAUAUUUAGUAACAAUAAUGUCUAUAACAACACUUAGAAUUAAGUGCCCAUCGACCAGUACAACACCAGGAGGCCUGGAAGUGCAUUGCCGGACGGCAUACGGCUACUUGAAGGCCCCUGAGGCCCUCUGCACAUCAGCGCCGUACAGCACAGACCCAGCCGCAGUAGCGGAGCGCGAGAGAUGUCGUUAUGGCCGCAUUCCACGGUCGAGUGCACUCGCUGGCACAGCACAACGGAGGGUUCGCGUAUACGCGGACGGCAUAUACGACAUGUUCCACCAAGGACACGCGCUACAGUUGCAGCAAGCGAAGACAGUUUUUCCCAAUGUAUAUCUCAUCGUUGGCGUGUGCAGUGAUGCGCUAACGCACAGUCGAAAAGGCCGGACUGUUAUGACAGAAGAUGAGAGGUACGAAGCAGUUCGGCAUUGCAGAUAUGUUGAUGAGGUGGUACGCGAUGCACCAUGGGAGUAUGAAGAAGAGUUUUUAGAGAAACACAAAAUAGAUUUCGUGGCACACGACGAUAUACCAUACACAUCCGGUGACUCUGAAGAUGUCUACGCGAUGGUCAAGUCCAAAGACAUGUUCGUCGCGACGCAGAGGACGGAAGGCGUCUCCACGUCGGAUAUUGUGGCCCGUAUCGUCCGCGACUACGAUAUGUACGUGAGACGAAAUCUGGCCAGAGGCUACUCGGCCAAGGAGCUGAACGUCUCCUUCCUUAAUGAGAAGAAAUUCCGCCUUCAGAACAAGAUGGACGAGCUCAAAGAUCGGGGGAAGAAGGUCAUAACAAAUAUCGGCGAAAAGAGGGUAGACAUCCUCAGCAAAUGGGAAGAGAAGUCCCGGGAGCUCAUUGACGCAUUUCUGCUUCUCUUCGGCCCCGAUGGAAGACUCUCCAACAUUUGGAAUGAGUCCAAGGGUCGGCUGAUGCAGGCCUUGAGUCAGCCACCUUCGCCGCAAGCAUCCGAGAAUGGAGAUCCACAUGAGAACAGGAGUUCCGAAUCCCCUCCACCGAUGAAGGCGAGGCGUUGUGAUAACCUUUGGGAUCCGCAUGCAGAUGCAUCGAGCUCUGACGGCGGUGGUGAACCGGAAGAGGCGUCACAGCGACAGCUGACCGACGACGGCUCCGACGACGACGACUACCAGGACCCGAGCCCUUACCUCACCUAG